CUUUCCAAAAUGGCUUCGCGGCAAAUGAGAGUUCAGCGAUGUCCAACAGAUGACCUCUCGUUGACCAACCGUGCAAUAGUCAAUGAGAGAGACUAUGACCCGCAACAAACCAGGCACCUCGAGAUUCAUACAGGGACAGGGGCAUUCCACUUCACCGUAGAGGCUCAUUCUGCAGUGGUACCAGGCACAAUAGGCUUCAGUCUGCCCCAGAGAAAAUGGGCCACCCUUUCAUUAAAUCAAGAGCUACAGGUGAAACCAUUCCAGAAAAAGACUCAAUACCUCAGCCUUAUAAAGCUAGAAGUAGACUUCCUGCAGAAGAAAAGCACUACCACUGAACCAUAUGAUUCUGAUAAGAUGGCAGCAGAAUUCUUGAUGCAGUUCCCUCAACAAGCAUUCACAGUUCGUCAGCAACUCGUUUUCAGCUUUCAAGACAAGAAAAUGUUGGGCUUAGUUGUAAAGGAACUUGAAGAGAUCGAGUUUUCACAAAGUGGCGUAGCUGGCAAACCGAGAAAGACCAACAUGGGGAUCACAAUGGGCAAUACAACAGUUAUCUUCGAAAAGGCUGAGAACUCAAGUGUCAAUCUAACAGGAAAAUCAAAGGGUAAACAACAGCAUCAGUCCAUCAUCAAUCCUGACUGGGACUUCAACAAGAUGGGGAUUGGUGGUUUAGAUAAAGAAUUCUCUGCCAUCUUUAGGAGAGCAUUUGCUUCAAGGGUCUUCCCUCCUGAGCUCAUUGAACAGUUAGGAAUGAAGCAUGUGAGAGGUAUCCUACUGUUUGGUCCUCCUGGUACUGGCAAGACACUUAUGGCCAGGCAGAUAGGCAAGAUGUUGAAUGCCAGGGAGCCUAAGAUUGUGAAUGGUCCCCAGAUAUUGGACAAAUAUGUUGGUGAAUCUGAGGCCAACAUACGUAAACUCUUCGCUGAAGCUGAGGAAGAGGAGAAAAGGUGCGGUCCUAUGAGUGGUCUCCAUAUUAUCAUCUUUGAUGAGAUAGAUGCUAUAUGCAAGGCCAGAGGAUCUGUGGUUGGUAGUACAGCUGUACAUGAUACUGUCGUCAACCAGUUACUUGCCAAGAUUGAUGGUGUCGACCAACUCAACAAUAUUCUCAUCAUAGGUAUGACCAACAGGAAAGACAUGAUAGAUGAGGCCUUGAUAAGACCAGGCAGACUGGAGGUCCAGAUGGAGAUAGGACUGGCUGAUGAAAAAGGUCGGCUACAGAUUAUCAACAUACAUACUCAGAAAAUGAUUGAAAAUAAUAAGAUAGCAAGUGAUGUCGACAUGAAAGAGUUGGCUGCAGAGACUAAGAAUUUCAGUGGUGCUGAGAUUGAGGGUCUGGUCAGAGCAGCCACAUCUACAGCAAUGAAUAGGCUCAUUAAGGCAUCAUCCAAAGUAGAAGUUGACACAGAUGCCAGUGAAAAACUCCAAGUAUGCAGGGCUGAUUUCUUUAAUGCAUUAGCUAAUGAUGUUAAACCAGCAUUUGGUAUAAGCCUUGUGGAGUUUGAUAAAUAUGUUGCCAAUGGUGUCGUCAAUUGGGGAGACCCUGUGAGGAGGGUUCUUGAAGAUGGAGAACUACUCAUUAAUCAAACCCGGACAAGUGAGCGCACACCUUUGGUUACGGUGCUUCUAGAGGGUCCUCCCAAUAGUGGAAAGACAGCCUUAGGAGCACGUAUUGCCAAGAACUCAGACUUUCCAUUCCUCAAGUUUUGUUCCUCCGAGGACAUGGUAGGCUACACAGAGGCUGCUAAAUGUCAGGCUAUCAAGAAGAUUUUCGAUGAUGCCUACAAGUCUUCGCUCAGCUGUAUUAUACUAGAUGACAUAGAGAGACUAUUAGAUUAUGUGCCAAUUGGUCCUAGGUUUUCCAACUAUGUACUUCAGGCUCUUCUAGUGCUUCUCAAGAAGAUACCUCCAAAGGGUCGCAAACUGAUGGUCAUAGGCACCACCAGUCGUAAAGAUGUCCUCGAAGAGAUGGAGAUGCUAAGUGUAUUCAGUGCAGUUGUUCAUGUGUCCAACAUCUCUACCAGUGAACACCUUGUCACUGCUCUAGAGCAACUGGAAUCCUUUACCAAAAAUGAACUGGCAAGAAUAGAAGCAAAAACAAAAGGCAAAAGAUUAUGGUUGGGUAUCAAGAAGCUCCUCGUAUUGGUUGAAAUGGCUAGACAGAGUGAGGAAGAGUUCCGUGUAUCAAAGUUCCUGUGUUUGUUAGAGGAGGAAGGAGGUCUAGCAUGAUGUCAUAGUGGUAGCAAAUUAUCUUGAAAAUUAUGUUGUGAUGUCUUGUAAUUAUAAUGAUAAACUCUUCUUAUAUGAUGUUUAGCUUAUUUUGAUGUUUUGGGGAUGUCACAUUAUUGAUGUCAUGUUACUUGACAUCAGACUCUGUUACAUGUUACUCAUGCCUGAUGUCAACUGUUUCACCAUUCUUAUUGUCAAAUUGUGUUUUCUGACACAUGAUGCUUAGUGACACAUGAUUUCAACUAGUCACAUAAUUUGCCAAGUGACACAUGAUUUCAACUAGUCACAUAAUUUGCCAAGUGACACAUGAUGUCAACUAGUGUCACAUACUGAAAAGUGACACAUGAUGUCAACUAGUGUCAUAUAUUGAAAAGUGACACUAAUGUAAAUCCAAGUUAUAAAGUAAGUCAAAUAAUUUACACUCAGUAAUUUUUGGUUGUAUAUAAGUAUAAAUGUAACUAAAACUGUUCCCAAGUAGAAUCUGUUAUGAAACGUUACGAUACAUGAAUAACAUGAAGCAUUCCAAAGCAGGACUUAUUGAGCAAUAAUUCCAUGUUCUCAUUCAGAUUGUUACUAAUGCCACAGUCACAUUUGAUAUGCAGCAAUCCUACGGCGGCCAUAGCUUCCCAAAAGUCGAGAGAAAUACGUAGAUACGAUUUAGAUUUUCUGUAUCGAUUUUGUUAAGCAAAUGUGACUGCAGUUUAAACUGACAUGUUUAGGGUUGUUGUUCAACCUGAUCUGACAUUUCAAUAACAAUAUAUAGGUUGCAUAGCCAACCAAUCAGAGUGCAAUAUUGUCAUUUCAGUAAUAGAUUUAGUUCAGGCUGUUUUUAAAGAGCAAAAUGAUGCCAUGAACCAAAAGUAGCAUACAGUUAACCUCCUUAAGUUAAAUACAUGAAAGACUUCAAUCUUUGGUGUAUUCAUCUUCGAGAGCUGAAUUUAACAUGCAAAUCAAUAGGAGAAAUAAAAACGAGACCCAUGGAAAAGUGUUCAUCUAAGAUGAGUGCUCAACUUGAGGCAUGUUGCUGUAUUUAACUUUCUGAUGCUAGAAACAUUGUGGGUACGAUUUCAAUGAUGGCAAUUCUAAAAAAAUGCUGUGAUCGUGCUUUUACUGUAAUUCCAAGUAAUGUAUAUUUCAACAAUAUCAUGCACAUAUCCUAAAUGUUAUAAAGAAUGCAUGCAAUCAAAUACUUCUUUCUGAUCAAAUCAUCUCUUCCCAAUUUCUUUGAAGUGUUUCAUCGUAAAUGCAUUGAAAUAAACGCAAUUUAUUUUAAACUAGUGGACUUAAAUCAAUCAUGUGGAAUAGUAUUUGUUUGUAGAAUACUGUAAAACUGUAAAUAGAAUUAUAAACUAGAAAAUAUUUAUAUGAUGUCUCUAUGUAGCAAAUAAAAGAUAUGAAUAUGCAAAACAA